AUGGCCAUGAUGGCGCCUUCAGACCAACAUGUUGCCAUCAUCAUCGCGAUCCUCGACUUGUUUUCUGGCGUUGGUAACGCUAUUGGACGAGCAAUCUCAUCUGCAAUCUGGGCGGGUACAUUCAAGGACGCCUUGAGGAAGCGAUUAGCCGCCGACGCGCCGAUUGAUGGCAUCUAUGGCAGUCUGCCUAUGCAGAUGAGCUACGAACCUGGAUCAGAGGAGAGAGUUGCCAUUUCCAAGGCGUAUUCCGAGUCGCAGCGGUACAUGCUGCUCACGAGCACAUGCAUUGUGGCAGUCGCCUGGGCGUGUACGUGGGUUUGCAGGGAUAUCAAGUUGAAGGACGAGAAGCAGAGAAAGGGAUAUGUGGUGUUGACCCUUUAUAAGCCUCCUUAG